AUGGCUGUGUUGUGGCAGCAGCUCCGCUCCCUGUGGCAAGGUCGAGCUCUUGGUCUCCUCCGGCUCACCCUGCCUAUCUGUCUCCUUUGGCCGCCGUCUGGCUCCCUUGGCAGGGAUACGGAUGUCAGCGCCCCCCCUCUGCAGGGCUUCGAGGUGGUGAAGGGGAAUUUCUCCCAUCCCUUCCUGAGCGUGGGCUACCAUAAGAUAGUCGAGAUUCCUGCAGGAGCGCACAACAUCACAGUGCAGGAGACUGUCAAGAGCAGGAACUACCUAGCUCUCCGGACCCCGAGCGGCGCCUCCAUCGUCAAUGGCAACUGGGCGAUCGACAGGCCCGGCACCUUCGCCGCCUUGGGGACCCUGUUCACGUACCGCCGGCCCAACGAGAUCCGCUCUCGUAGCGGCGAGUCGAUCGCCGCGCCCGGGCCGACGACAGAGGGCCUGCAUGUCUAUCUGAUCUACCAGCAGCCAGGUGCCGGGGUGAACUAUGAGUACAACAUGCCGUUACAAAACGCACACCCCAGUCCUACGCCAGAUACACCCACCCCUGAUGUACUGUCUCUAGACGAAGACCUGAGCCGCGGCGAAAUCACGAGCAACGACAUCGCCGGAGAGAGACUCCACCCCAACCAGGUCCCGUCGGAUCCGGAGGUGAACUCUGAUCCCUUAUCUACCUACGCCUGGGCUCGGAUGGGAAAUACGGCAUGCAGCACCACCUGCGGCACCGGUAGACACCAGGUGCUAUGGGGGUGUGUAGAGAGGGAGCACCAGACCACUGUACCUGCCGACCUCUGUGACCCGGCCCUCCGACCCCCAAACCAGGAGAAGGACUGCUCUAACCAGUCUUGUCCUGCAAACUGGGACCUGGGGGAGUGGUCGGAGUGCAGCAGGAGGUGUGGUCCCGGGACUCAGCAUCGCCAGGUAAUCUGCCGCCAGGUCACCCAUGUACAUGACAACGGAACAGAGACGCUGGCAACGGUGGCAGCGGAGCUCUGUGGGACGUCUGAUAGGCCGGUGACCAAGUCUGUCUGUCAGCUGAAGAUCUGUAGCCAGUGGCAGAUACGCUCUGAAUGGAGCCCGUGCUCAGUGCCAUGUGGAGUGGGUCAGCGCAGCAGGGAGGUGGUGUGCGUGAGCGACCAGGGGGACGUUGAGGAGGACGAGGAGUGUAACGUGGGCCUGAAGCCAGACACGCUGCAAAACUGUGACAUGGGCGCCUGUGCCCGCAGCUGGUUCACCUCCCUCUGGAGCCAGCGGUGUUCUGCAGAGUGUGGUACAGGAAGUCGAACACGGAUGGCAGUAUGCCUGAUGGAUCAUACGACCAGUCUCCCGUUGGAUAGCUGUGAAGGGGAACGCCCAUCAGAGGUGACAUCCUGUGACUCGGGGCCGUGCCAAAACCGCAUAGAGUGGUACACGGGUCCUUGGAGUCAGUGUUCUGCUGAGUGCGGGAAUGGCACACAGACCCGUAAUGUGGCCUGUCUUCUCAAUGACAACGAUGGCGUCAAGGUUGUGGACCAAUCAAACUGCUCCCACCUGUCUCAGCCAAUCACCUCGCAGCCCUGCCAACUAAAGCUGUGCGGCGUGCAGUGGUACGUCACAGAAUGGAGUGCGUGUUCACGCUCCUGCAGCGGCGGCUACCGUGUGCGAGAGGUGCGCUGCCUUUCCGACAACGUCGCCCCGAGCGAGCGGUGCGAGCCCGGCGUGGCUCCGGAGAGCCGAGGCGAAUGCAACACCCAGCCCUGCCUGGCGGAGCUUGACCCGUCAUGCAGGGACCAGUACCACAACUGCGUUGUGGUGGUACAAGCCCGGCUGUGUGUGUACCCCUACUACAGAACCGCCUGCUGCGCCUCCUGCUCCCGCGCCCCGAAAACGUACCCCAGCACCUUCCUCAAGAACAAAAUCCGCAGGUGACGCCGAGGCGGCGACGGCUGAUCAGCUCCGCCUCUCGAUCGCUUCGACUGCGCAUGCGCCCGGGGGUUCAAGUUUACGAAGCGCCCCGCCCCCCUAAGAGGUGGAAAUGUUGGUGUGCGGACGCUGAUCAAGCUGGUCUUGUCGACUCAAAGUCACGCCGUCGGUUAACCAUCGUGUGUCGCCUCUCUCCUCAAGCUGUUUUGCGGACACGGCCGGCAGACUCGACACGGCCUUAUCUGACUGGGCUGCUGGUUUCUUGUGACAAACACGUGGACAGGAAAUGAGCCAAGAGGCUGUUCUCUGUCUGACGCUGACAUGCUUUUGAGUUUACGUUACCUAUUGUAUAUGGGUGCUGGGAGGUCUUCGUGUCUGGACAGCUUGUAGUUGUAUUUUUUUUUUCCCUGUGAAGCAAAUGACUAUCCCCCUCCCCCCCCCCUCCCCAAAUUAAAGCAUACAUAUGGUGUGAUCUCGUUUGCUUGAACUGGUCUGUAAUCUAGGCGAUUCUGUGUGAGUGAAAGCCAUCAGAACUUGUUCACGUGACAAAUGUAAUUCUCAUAGGAACGUUUACCAAAUGGGUUUAUGUGUAAUGAGCCUCCGAACCAGCUGCCUCUAUAAUCUCUGUCGUCAGCACGUAUUCAUCGUUGAAAACCAACAAAUGACUGUGUGACAUUUGACAAAAAAAAAAAAAAGA